GUUCUAAUAUUAUCAUAGUGUUUGAGUAGGUUGUUUGUCCCAGUACGUAGGCAUCUUUAGCCAAUCUAGGAAGAUUUAUUCCAUCAGAUGCAUUUUUCCCUCGUAUUUAAAUAUCAUCUCCAUUUAGUGUGUAUCGAAUAGGAUUUUAGAGUUUAUGUUGGUAACACUUUCUUUCUCAGACCAUGGCAUUCAUUCAUAUUUGGUAUCAUAUCCUUGAAGAAGCUGUAAUCCCAAGAGGAGCAUCUUUUCUGUCUGCGGGGCAGCAGAGUAAAGAAAGUAUAAGGAGGUUUCAGUCACCAUUCCAACUCACCAGAAGUCAUGGUGCCCACAUCAAAGAACCUUGCUUUGCUAGAACCUUUGCAUCAACAGCUUCAGAACAAGAACGACGGAAGUCAUCGGAGGCUAGGAAAGAUAUAUCAAAAGUUGAGGAUCCAUUUGAUGCUCCCACAUACAAUAUCCCAGAGAAGCCUGUGACAUUCACAGAGGGAGCUUCCUACAGUGUUAUCAUUCUAGCAGGGCUUGGUAUUGCGGCAGCGGCAGGAUAUGCUGUUUUCAAAGAACUUAUUUUCCAACCAAAAGAGUACAAGAUUUUUGGCAAGGCUCUAGAUCGGAUUCAAAAUGACAGUCAGGUUAGGGUGAGAAUUGGAUCCCCAGUCACGGGCUAUGGCCAGGAAAGUAGAAAUCGCGCUGCUCGUCAACGAAUUCCAAAUAGGGCAUGGACCGACGAAGAUGGUGUUGAGCAUGUAGAGGUUAAUUUUUAUAUUCGGGGGCCCCAAGGAGCUGGAAAAGUUUAUACAGAGAUGUUCAAAGACAAGGUGGACAAGCAGUGGAAGUUCACAUAUUUGAUUGUUGAGAUCAAAUCACCUUCCCCAGCUCAAUUAAUGCUCGAGUCUUAUGUCCCAGCUUGAAGUCUAUACAUACAAGAAUGGUUCUGCUUACAUCAGUUGCAUCUCUCUGUGAAGCUAUGUUCCAGCCAUUGAUGGUUCUCCGAAGUUUUGUUUCUGUCUGGGGGCUGAUAUAACUUGCCAAGUUCAAGUUUUGAUUUGCCAAAUGGUUGGAACUCAAAACUCCAGCCAUAGAUUUUGCUUCAAUACAGUAUGUGAUGAAUUCAUAUAGAUUGUUGGAAGGUGGUUUCUGCCUGUUUUUGUAUUGAGAAAGGAUUUCUGCGUGAAGACAUACUGUCCUGAUAGGAAACAGUUUGAUUUUAUUCCGACCGAUUUUAAACGGGUGAUUUAGUUUUCCAAUUUAUCAUUGGCUCCUGCUUGCACCUUGAAAA